AUGGCUCAACAAGACCUGCCGAUACCAACAAAUCCAGCACCACCAGAGGCAGAGCCGCCCCUGACACAUCACAGCGACUGGCUGCCGCUUGUCUUGAUGACAUGCUUCAUGUUGACUAUCGUUCUCUUUACAUUAUCAAGAUACGGCAAUAUUAAAAGCCAACCUUGGUAUGUAACUGUUGUAUGUAUCAUAGGUUGGUUUUUCCCAUUUUGGAUUAUAUUUCUAUUACCAUUAGACUUGGCAUCUACGGUGCACGACGAUAAAAAGGGCCGAGUGCCGUUUGCCUAUGUAUCGCAACACUUUUUGUUUAUUGCCUGGCGAGUUUUGUACUGGACAUCGUUUUGCCUCACAUGGAUGGCGAUACCCAUGAUGCAAGCCUAUGUCAAUACGGGCGAUUUCACCGUCGUCAAGAGACUCAAAUCAGCAGUGCAAGUCAACAUACGAUUCUACUCCAUCUACGUUGUUGUAGGCACUAUUGGAUUGAUCUAUCUAGUGUUUGGAAGUGGACUGACAACAAGAGAGGGCAUUCAGAGCUAUGUCAUGGCCGCCGCAAACAGUUGGGGUUUGUUUCUCGUGAUUGUGUUCAUGGGUUAUGGACUUGUGUCGGUGCCUCGAAGUUUGUGGUAUUCAGGAAGCUACGACCGUCAUUUGUUUCAACACUAUGCCAAUGCCGCUCGACUAAAGGAGGAAUGUAUGGACAGUGAGCUCGAAUUCAACGAACUUGCGAAAACAAUGAAUGCGAUAUCCAAGAGGGCCAUGAUGGAGAUACCAGAAAUCAGACACUGUAUCAAUGUGAUGAACAGAAGAUUUCCCUUUGUACUUCAUGAAGCAUUUGCAGAGAGAGAUAGUUCCAUUACGAUUCCAAGAGAUUUGACCGAGGAAUACCUUGUCAAGAUUUCAAAGCGUAUGAUUUUGGCUAUUCGGAUGAGAGACAGAAAAAAUGCCCUAUGGAAGAAUCUAUUGAAUGAGGCAUUCUACCUUCAAGAUAUCAUCAAGAACAAGGACAAGCGCGAUCGUCGAUUCACUUCUACAUUAAGAUCAAAGAAAAACAGCACAAAAUGGACAGAUAUCAAAGCGUCAAUGGAAUGGUGGUGGAUGCUGCGAAUUGCGCCUAAUCUCAACAAAUUUCUGGCCAUCGUAUUUUCAGUCAUCAGCGGGUGCAUCAUUUGGUCUGAAAUCGUGUUUAACGUGAGACGGCCUGUAAUCAUUUCCAUCGUAUACUAUGUGCUGAAUGCAUGCGGCACCAACUAUGCUGCUUUAGAGAUCAUGGCAUUCUUUACGCUCAUGUACAUGUGCAUUUGUGUAUACUCGUCUCUGUUUAAGAUCAGGUUCUUUAAUCUGUAUAUUCUUAUUCCAAACCACCACACGGACGAAAACAGUUUAUUAUGGUUCACUAGCUACAUGUGUAAAAUGAUGGCACCUCUGUGUUACAACUUUAUCAACUUGGCAGUGGAUGCUCCAGGAGUCAGUAAAGCUGUAUUCACAACUUUUAUGGGAAAAGCAGACUUGAUCAAGUUUUUAGGCGCUUUUGCUGAUUGGUUUCCCAUCAUCAUUCUGAUUCCAUCCUUGUCCCUUUUGUUCAAUGUUCAAGGUCGCUGUUUGGGAUUCUGUGGUAUCAAGAGUCCGUAUCAAAAUAGUGAUGACGACGAUAUCAAUAACAAUGAUGACACGGAAGCCAACAAUGGUGCACUGCUGGAUGCUGAUGUGGAAGAAGGAUCGAGAUUGGUCAAAGAGGAGCGUCGAUUGAAAGAACGUGAAAUCAAUCCUAGUGCUCGUAUCAGCGUACAAAGUGCCAGAAAUAGAGAAUACACCAACAAAAAAUACCAUCGAGCCAAUGUGCCCGACACCUUACGAAAUGAACGCGAUAGAAGAGUCGAAGAAAUCCUAUCAGGCAACAUCAACCAUCACGAACGCUACCACGAUAGUCCAGCAUCCUCUUCCGCCUCUUCGUUCUCUGCAAACGAAAACUCGAGUCAGCCUGUGGAUGCUAUGAAACUAAAGACGAAUUUGAUUUCAUUUGGAGAUACUGUGAAACAUAAAUUAGGGGGAUUGUUUGGCACCAUAAAGAGUAAUACCGAAGAAGCUGCUGCAAACACGCCAUCAUCAUCGCCUUCUCCUCCUCCUCCCCCAUCUCAUUCAAACCUGAGAUUAACCCCUAGCCCUCCCCCUAUUAAUUCAGUCAAUCAACACACUACUGGAGGAGGAGGAGGUCGUGUGUUUGGAAGACCUGUAACAAAUGAAAACCAUCGCCCAUUCCACACAGCAGCCAUUGAAGAAAGCUCAUCAAGGCCUCUAUCUCCCAAUCCCUUUUUGAUGGCUUCUUCAGGGUUGAACCGACAACAAUUGAACAACAAUGUAUCUCCAUUUGCUAGAUUUGAGGAUGUCAACGGCACCCAAAGUAGACCUAAUAAUAAUAUAUUUGAUGACAUUUGA